CAGGUGCAUCCGCUUCCCUCAGGGCGCCUCCCGCCGCCGUCUCGGGGCAGCGCCCGGGGAAAGGUCGGUGUUCGCUCCCGGGAGGACAGAGCGGUGAGGGGAGGGGAGAGGGAAGACCGGAGGAGGGCGCGGAGGCAACGCCGUCACCAGAGGAGGCGGUGGUGGGGAAGAGGAGGAGAAGAAGCCGGCGCGGAGCCUCGCCUCACCUCGCCUCGCUUCACAGCCCCUCCGCCGUCCCCGCCUCGCCGUCCACGGCCGCCGGAGUCACCGGCGGCCGCUCGUCCUCAUGAUGGCCUCGACCCCCUGCACACGCUUCACCGACGAGUACCAGCUCUUCGAGGAGCUCGGAAAAGGGGCGUUCUCCGUCGUGAGGAGGUGUAUGAAAAUCACCACAGGACAAGAGUACGCUGCCAAAAUUAUCAACACCAAAAAGCUUUCAGCUAGGGAUCACCAGAAACUGGAGAGAGAAGCUAGAAUCUGUCGUCUCCUGAAGCAUCCUAAUAUCGUGCGGCUCCAUGACAGCAUAUCAGAAGAAGGAUUCCAUUACUUAGUCUUUGACUUAGUCACUGGAGGUGAAUUGUUUGAAGAUAUAGUUGCAAGAGAGUAUUAUAGUGAAGCAGAUGCCAGUCAUUGUAUACAGCAGAUUCUAGAAAGUGUUAAUCAUUGUCAUCUAAAUGGCAUAGUUCACAGAGACCUGAAGCCUGAGAACUUACUUCUAGCUAGCAAAUCCAAGGGAGCGGCAGUCAAACUGGCAGACUUUGGAUUGGCUAUAGAAGUCCAGGGAGAACAACAGGCUUGGUUUGGCUUUGCUGGUACUCCAGGAUACCUUUCUCCAGAAGUGUUACGAAAAGAUCCUUAUGGAAAACCUGUGGAUAUGUGGGCAUGUGGAGUCAUUCUGUACAUCCUCCUGGUGGGAUACCCUCCCUUCUGGGAUGAAGACCAGCACAGGCUUUACCAGCAGAUCAAGGCUGGUGCUUAUGAUUUCCCCUCACCAGAAUGGGACACAGUGACUCCUGAAGCAAAAGACCUUAUCAAUAAAAUGCUCACCAUCAAUCCAGCAAAACGUAUCACAGCAUCAGAAGCACUAAAGCAUCCAUGGAUCUGUCAACGUUCUACUGUUGCCUCUAUGAUGCACAGACAAGAAACUGUAGAUUGCUUGAAGAAAUUCAAUGCAAGAAGAAAACUAAAGGGGGCCAUUUUGACAACAAUGCUGGCUACCAGAAAUUUCUCAGCAGCCAAGAGUUUACUGAAAAAGCCGGAUGGAGUUAAGAUAAACAACAAAACCAACGUGGUAACCAGCCCCAAGGAAAAUAUUCCUACCCCGGCGCUGGAGCCCCAAACUACAGUAAUCCACAACCCUGAUGGAAAUAAGGAAUCUACAGAGAGUUCCAACACGACCAUCGAAGAUGAGGAUGUGAAAGCUCGUAAGCAGGAGAUUAUCAAGGUGACCGAGCAGUUGAUUGAAGCCAUCAACAACGGGGACUUCGAAGCUUACACAAAAAUCUGUGAUCCUGGCCUUACGUCUUUUGAACCUGAAGCUUUGGGUAAUCUGGUAGAAGGGAUGGACUUCCACCGGUUUUACUUCGAAAAUGCUCUGUCCAAAAGCAACAAGCCGAUCCACACGAUCAUCCUGAACCCCCACGUGCACCUGGUGGGCGAGGACGCGGCGUGCAUCGCCUACAUCCGCCUGACGCAGUACAUGGACGGCAGCGGCAUGCCCAAGACCAUGCAGUCCGAGGAGACACGCGUGUGGCACCGGCGCGACGGCAAGUGGCAGAACGUGCACUUCCACCGCUCGGGCUCGCCCACCGUGCCCAUCAACUAAAAAUAUCAGCGGUGCCGCUCUUGCAUUUUCUGUACCCAACGCACCUGGUUGAUUACCAUCUUGGCCAUCCCGUUCUCUUCAUGCAUGUUUCUGAGUGCAUGAAGUUGUGAAGGUUCUUCAUGUAACACAUUUGUGAUGCACCACGUUGCUGUAUAUUCCAUCUGUACACUGUUAACAUUUCAAUGAAGGUGAUGUUCCAUGCAAAUAGAGAAUAACAAGGCGUAAAAGACAAAAAAGAGAUCUUGGAUGGACAGCAGUAGACACACAAUACAUUUGUCACUUGUUCCAUUUAUGCCAAGACAUAAAUUUUGACAGACAACUUUAAAAUCUAAAGUGUUUAUUAAAAAAAAAAAAAGGAAAAAAAAAAGAAAAAGUAUAUUUUACCUUCUUUUUUUAAGAACUGUUUUUUGACUCCUCCUUUUCUCCUGAGUCCCAGGAUUUUGCUUUGGUUCUGGUAGGAAUGGUUAGGAUUUCCGCUGGCAGCUCCAUUACUGUAAAACAGAUUUUUAUCCUAGAUGGACAAAAUCACUGAUAAAUGGGGAAGUGUUAAUAUCUUGGCUUUGGACCAGCUGCAGCCUUUUUAGUUUAUUAGUCUAUGUAAACUGGAAAAAUCUCUUCAUUUGCUGGCCUGGCCACUCCAGAAUUAACUGUCAGUGUUCUGGUGAGUCAGCAGCUUCCGCUUUCCUUUUGAGUCCUUUUCGCUUUCUUAUUUUGCUUAACUGAACGGUUCUGUUGGAUGAUUAAGCAAAAUUAAAAAUUGUAAGGAACUAAGUGAUAAUUGAGAGACAGUUUUUGAGGAUUAAAAUGGAAGGAAAGAGAAAGAUUUUUAUCGCUUUUAGGAUGUACUGUAAAUUUUUUAAGGUGGCUUUAAAAAAUAUAAUAUGUGGGUUAAUGUAUAGACCGGUUGUGUGGAUAAUAUACUCAAGAAAUAUUAGGCCUUAAAGCUAAGUAUGAAGAGUUUACUUACAUUACACUGCUGCUGUUGCUUCUCUGGAAAUGAAUUAUGGAGACACCGGUUUUCCGUGGGACUCUCACACUUUACCACAGGUUUGUGUCUCCCCCUCUUGCCCUCAAUCCACUCGUGGUUUCUCAAGCUCCCCUGGCAGCGCUCGGUGUCAAGGCUGGCGAUCCCGACGGGCUUGUCCCGGCUCCAGGCCGAGGGUGGAAUGCCGUGCUGGCAGCACAGAACGCAUACUUUGCAACAGGGACUGGUUCUCCUUCCCUCACGUUGCUGUAAAAAUACACCCUCACGAGAAUUUCAGUUUCUUCCCUUCCACUGUUCCAGCCAAGGCCAGGCUGGGCUGCUCCUGUUCUCCCCGUGGUUCUGUUAGCAGCAGACUCCUGCUCCCCGCAGCGCUGUACAGUGCAUGGUGUCUGAGUCAGUGUCCUUUUUAGCCAUCCAAAAUUUACAACUCGGCAGCCGGAACUUUUUAAAAUGGGAAAGCUUCCUAAUUUGUAUCAUUUCACCUUUCUGUGUUGAUUACUAAUCACAAGCAGUUCUUAAACAUGUUGAUGUUGUUACUAGUGGAUGUAUGGUAGACGGACUUAAGCUUCUCUGAUAAUUACUACAUGAUUUUAAACAAUAUAUAUUUAAAGUAAGCAUCUACAAUAAAUGUGUUGAGCCAUAUUAACCUGCCAAUGGGAUCUGUGAAAAAAGUAAUGGCCUCAUUUUUUUCUCAUUAAUUUCUUCUUUUCUUUUUUUUUCUUUUUUCUUUUUUUUUUUUUUUUUUUUUUUUUUUUUUUGUUUUGUUUUGUGAAGCGGCUAUAAGUGGCAUAACUGUAUUUAAAAUUAACAAAUUAGGUGUAGGGUGUUUUUUUUUAUACUUCUAACAUAGCAUGUGGUGUUGAUGUAUUACUGUAGACCAAGUUUGUCUUCCACACCAAGACGUGAGGAACUUGUGAUUUGUUCUCUCCACCACAACUGAAUUAUACACUUCUGUCAUUUUGGAACACUGCAGUUUACCAUGGGACACAGUGUACAUAUUUCUUGCCAUAAUGGUAAAUGAUUGAUAUAUUUAAGGAUUAAUAAAUUUGUGAUUUCUGCUGACAUUGUGCUUGUCUUUUA